ACACACACACACACACACACACACACACCACACACACACACACCCCACACACACACACACAACACACACACACACACACUCAUUGGAUGACACUUUGGAACUCUGAUUGUGGUUCAACCUGAUCCACAAAGGCACAUCUCGGUCCAUGUUUCUCAUUAUGGUACUUGAACAAACGACUUAGACUGAGAAACAAUUAGUGCGUCCUUCCCCACAGCGCUGCAUAAACACAUGAGCGUAGCCCGUAUAUAAAGCAGGGGAGAAGAUGGGGAUGGACAGACUCACAGAGGACCAAGAAGAACCUGCAGAGACCAAGAAAAGGAAGAAGACGAAGAAGAAGAAAAAGAAGAGAUGGCGGACAGAAGAUCACAAGGAACCAGUGUCUGCCUUACAGUGCUGAGCAUCAUGGCCGCCUGCCAGGCCGUCCCGGUCAGCGACCUCCUGGACAGGGCGUCCCAACGCUCUGACACCCUGCACUCCAUCAGCACCUCGCUCACCCGACACAUGGACAGUCACCUGCCCUCCGUGGGACGUCUGCUGAUCCCCCGCCCCAACAUGUGCCACACCUCGUCCCUACAGACGCCCAACGACAAGGAGCAGACUCUGAGUGUGAGCGAGGCGGAGCUGAUGUCCCUGGCCCGCUCGCUGCUCCAGGCCUGGGUCCGACCGCUGCUGAUCCUGUCCCAGGAGUCGGGCUCGCUGCCCGCCGCCGCCCAGGGCCUGGUGUCCACCCGGCUGCUGGAGCUGCUGGACCACGCCUCCAGCCUGCAGGACGGCCUGGACGUCCUCUCCAGCAAGAUGGGCCCCGCCUCCCAGUACCUGUCCUACCUGCCCUACAACGGGGGCCCAGACCUGGGCGAGGACAACCCCACCAAGCUGGUCAACUUCCACUUCCUGCUGUCCUGCUUCCGCCGCGACUCCCACAAGAUCGACAGCUUCCUGAAGGUUCUGCGCUGCAGGGCGGCCAAGUCCAGACCCGAGUCCUGCUAGGCUAGGCCAACGAAUGACCGUCGCUGGAAUGAUGGACAGAUGAACCGGCGGAAACUGGCUGCACUUUAGUCUUACUCUUACACUCACUCCCUUCAUGUGAUGGGAACCAAACACCUUGUGCCUGUUACUGCUUGAAUUUCAAUAAAU